UUAAAGAGUGUUGUAGAAAUGCCGGUCUAGUUCUAGAGGCCAUUCUGACACUAUAAAUACAAUGGAGCUCUACUUCAAUCAUUACUUAGCUUAUUAAAUCAAGGAAAAUCAAGAGCAGAAUGACUACCUACAGAUUAGUUCGCAACCAUGUCAAAGAUCCAAAUUUGUUUAAUAAGUUUGAAUGCCCUCUCUGUAACAAUCUCUUACAGAAUGCCGUACAGUCAGUGUGUGGUCACUGGCUGUGUGAGAGCUGUGCAGAUGAGCUAAUGGCAACUAGUUUCCCCAAGUGCCCGCGACCUGACUGCCAAGAAGACCUCAAAUCAGACGGAGAACAGUGCUUCCCCGAUCGCUAUGUGAGGAAAGAGAUUGCAAAGAUGAUUAUUUUUUGCCCCCACAAAGACAACGGUUGCCAAUGGGAGAACAAGAUGGCAGACCUGGAGGCUCAUCUGAAGACGUGUACAUUCGCCUCUGAUUUGACGUGUCCACUAGCUUCUCUAGGAUGCCAACACAGACAAACAGGAACGAAAGAGGAACUACAGAAACACAUUGCUGAGUUUAGAGUGGAACAUCUACAGCUAAUGACGGCUAUUUUGAGUGUAUUACGUCCACUACUACCAUCAGCACUACUACCGUCAGCACUCAGCUCUGAGAGUACUAGCGUCACCGUGGUUGAGAGAGAUGGAGCCCUUACUAGCAAAGGAAGCAAAACAAAACACUCAGAACUAAAACAGGAUGACUAUGGCUACCAAAGCAGAAGGAUCUAUAGUGAUGAAGCAAGUACAACUUCUUUUGAUAGUGUUACAAAAAAGGUCAAGCUUGAGCUGGACACGAGACUGACCACACAAAUGAGAAAAAAAGAUGAAGAGAUUGAUGUACUCGUAAAAAAAGUAACUAGUUUAGAGAGAGCAAUGAAAUCGAAACAAGCUGAGUACGAGGAUAGAGACUUUCGAUUAUCACUGAUAGAAAAUAGUUCGUACGAUGGCCAAAUGAUCUGGAAGAUCCCACAGUUCAGUCAAAGAAUGGCCGACGCACAAUCAGGCAAGUACACAUCAAUCUUCAGCCUUCCGUUUUACACGGGGAGAUACGGCUACAAGAUGUGCCUCAGGCUAUACAUCCUAGGAGACGGUAUCGGAAAGAACACUCACAUGUCGCUGUUCUUUGUCAUAAUGAAGGGAGAGUUUGACAAUAUUCUGUCAUGGCCUUUCAUGAACAAAGUGACCUUCAAGCUGAUCAACCAGACGGGGAAUAGGGACAUCAUAGACAGCUUCAAACCUGACCCCAUGAGCAGCUCUUUCUGCAAGCCAAAGUCGGACAUGAACAUUGCAAGUGGUUGUCCACGUUUUGUAUCUCACACUGAACUAAAGAGCGGUGGAUUUAUAGUAGAUGACACUCUGUUCAUCAAAUGCACAGUGGAUUGUAGCAACUCAUAACUAGGAUCUUAACUUAUCUAUAGGACACAAUUAAAUCAAUAUCUUGUGUCCAUCUUUUUUCCCGCAUAUUAUCACCUGCAUUGAUUUAUUGUUAUUGUUUGCAUUUACUAUCACUUAUUGCUCAUUUUUCUACUUUUAAGCUAACAUAAUUUAAUUUAAAAAUUAUUAUGAUUAGUUCCGGGAAGUUAUCGUACUAGGAAAUGCCCAUUAUAUAGAAAAUGUGUUAUCAAUACUAUAAUUAUAUUGAGACAAAUUAAUGUGUAGGGUUACCGUAUAGCGGGUAUAUUUCGAGGGUGUAAAUGUUUGCCAUUUUCGCUGAUUCAGCUUGUAUCACGAAUAUUUAUACCCACGAAGACUGCUAUUUUGCGGAAACCUUUCUGCAUAUGAGUUCAGUACUUGAACCCAAAUUCAGUAGCUGUGCUGGUAUUACUGUGAAUACCGUAUAGCAGGUAUGUUUCGAGGGUAUAAACUUUCGCGGAAUGACCGUUAGCCACUAAAAAAAAUAAGUGUGAUCAUGCACUCACACAAAUGCUGAUGAUAGGGCACCCACAAAUGGAAGUUUUUCCCUCUGUUUCUUUGAAGCUCUGAGUAAAGUUCACUUUAACCUCAGCCUUAGGCAGUUCCUUCUUGAGUAGCUGCGUAUCGUCUGUUGGUAAGUGGGGUCCUUUUCUGAGCUGAUACGGUUGAGAUUUUUCGUGUCUAUUUUUCUUUUCGGUGGCUUUCCUUGGACUCAGUUUUUGAACAAUCUGUGACUGUUUCUCUAUUCCAGAAAAUUCAUAGUCUUCGUCUUGAUCACCUGCUAUUUGUGGCGGUGGUCUCACUCUCUGCAUGGGUGCCAAUUUUAGAUUACUCAAUAGAAUUGUCUUGUAGACUACCGCAUGUAGACCACUUGAAUCGCCCCCACCAGGACAUAAAGAGAAUUAAGGACUGGAGCAUCUAAAUAAGUCACCAAACUCCAACAAUUCAUGGUUUUCGCUGAUCAAGCAUCUACAUUCUGUAUGACAACUUGCCCUCAAUUGUUUUGUCCCAAAAUAUGUAUAAACCUUUUUUAGAUAUUAAAAAAACAGUAAAUUAAAGUGAAAUAUGUAUCUAAUUCCCUGAUGCAUUCACAUUAUAGCUAGAUGUACAGAGAUUAAUAUUGGGAAUGUUGUAUUUGCAGUGCACCAAAGCCUUUUCUAGGUAUUGUUACAUUGCACAAGAUAAUUAUUCUCCUCUCUUAGUAAUCUAUGCAUGGGAUUACCUCAUGACAAAAAAUGGCAGAUAUGGCACCGUAUAGGUGAUCAUGUGACUGUGUGUGCUGUGAACUCAUUGACUGUGCAGGUUUCCCCCUCCUGUGGAAUGGAUUUGGGACAGUCGCAAGUCCCCAGAGAUGGAAUCAGGACAUGCAAAGGGAAAGUGACUCUCCUUCUAAAGUGAUCAACAUUCCUAUUCGGUGGUACGUGCUGGAAAUGUCACUAAAAGAAAUGUCAAGUCGUCUGAACAGAAAAGUGUUGAGCAAGCAAGAGUGUCUGGAAGUCGCAAAGCAAAUACAUAUCGAAGAAGAUGCCCUUGUGGACGCUUUGAAAUUAUUUCACAAACAACACAUUUUUCACUACUAUGUCGACAUCUUGCCUGACAUUGUCUUCACUAGCCCUCAAGUUCUCCUGGACAAGCUGACAGAGUUGGUCAAGGAAGCAUACAAUAAAAGGAUUAAAUCAACAGCCACUACGUACUGGACAGGAUCAACUUUCGAAAGGAAAAUGGCAAAAAUUUCAAAAUAAUGGAAUCAUAACACUAGAGUUUGUUGAAGAUUUUUAUAAGCACUACGUGAAAGGAUUGUUUUCUCCACCCGAUCUCCUCAAAUUAUUUAUGAGACAUCUCAUUUUAACACCAUUUUCGCCUACAAAUUUCGAAAUAGAUUUCACAUCACGUACGGCUCAGUACUUCAUGCCCUCACUUUUGGAUAUGCUUCCACAAGACAAAUUAAUGGAAUAUCGUGUUGUGUCUGUUUUAGCGAGUCCGUUGUUAAUUAGAUUCCCUAAUGAUUGGCCACGUGCAGGAGUGUUUUAUUGCCUUCAAGUUUAUCUAAUUCAUCAGUUGGGUUGGAAGCUUCUGCUUAUUAGGGGAAAGCCGAAACUAAUUGCUCAGAAUUGUGUACUGUUGUCUCCUCCUGACAGUAGUUGCCGGGUUACUCUGAUCAUACUCUUUUUCGAUUGUUAAAGUACACGUGAAUGGAAGAAAAAAUGUUUGUUCCGCAAUGUGUCCAAUAAUUCGCAAUCAAAUUGAUACCGGAAUACAUGCUUCUUGUCAAUUACUUCGAUACAGUGAGGAGCAACUACAGUUAGCUUUCUUUUGUCCUUGUACACUUUCUUCUUUACCACAUUCUGAGGAGGUUCCUCAUUUCCAUGCCGCAGAACUCUUGAAAGACGACAAUCUAAGAUGCACUUUUGACGAGAGUAUCACAUCAGAGGUCCAGUCUGAAGAAAUGAUCUGGUUCCAGAAUACAGCACCGGCUACUGGGCACACUGUAGGAUCAUCUUCUCACCCAGUGGGCACAGUUUUUCAACAGCUGAUGGACCAAUAUCAGCUUAGUACUACUGCCCAAGCCCAUGAGCUGAAAAAAGAAGAUGCUGUGUCUUCAUCGCCACUCAACUGUGCCUCUGCAACUGAAAUUCCCAACACAUCUGUUGGAGAGGGAUCACUUCGAGGGAUGUCCGUGGCACGAGGGCAGGAACACACUACUGAAUAAGCAGCUCUGUCACAUGCCACAGAAGUAGAUGCCCUACUAUCAAGCAAUGGAUUGACGUGCAAAGACGGGAAUAGGGAGUGCAGAGAUAAACAUAUUUUCGAAAUUUCACUGCAGCUGGAACAAUGGGAGCUAGUAGCAACGCGGCUGGGAUUAACGCCAGCUGAAAUUGAAGCCAUCGAAUAUAAUAAUCGGACUAUAGAAAUGAUGAGAUAUAACACUCUUAAAAAAUGGAAAUCUAAGGCUCUACUCAGUGGAGCAGCUACUUAUCGAAUUCUACUACAAGCAUUGUUGGAUUGUGGCUGCAAUGACCAAGCAAAGCGAGUGUGCUCACUACUCAAGGAAUCACUAGAACGUCAACAUAAAAUUCUUAAAAUAGAGAAUUAGACCCCAAAACAUUAUUAUAUGUGUGUGUUUAUUUUUAUCAUAACCCACAUACUCGUUAAUAUAAUAAGGAAAA